UUCUCGUCGGGAAGGAAGGAGAGGGACGACUCGCGCUCAGCUGUCAUCUCUGCUGUGUAUUUUCUCGCAGUUCUUCCGCAACUGAUUCCAUGCCAGGAAUAAGGGCGCAUUGAAAUUAUCAUGGCGUGUUUGAACACCCUCAAGCAGGAAAUACGGGUACUGGAGAACGCGUUUCCCAAAACAGACGAGCUGUUCCAAGUGGUGGCGGCCAGUGUUGACGAACUGACCUGCCGAUUUAUUUCCAAAACGAACAAGAAAUAUGACAUUCACGCCAAUAUCACAGAGACGUACCCACACUCCCCUCCAGUCUGGUUUGCAGAGACUGAGGACACUAACGUUACUAAUGCCAUUGAACGGCUCAGCAACACCAACGGCAGAGAUAAUCAUGUGUUACAGCAGGUGAAGCUCCUUCUGCGUGAAUUGUGUGCAGCAUAUGGGAUGGAGGAACCACCUGACCUAGAGGACAGACUAGACCUUGUUUCUGUACCUCAGGUCAUUAAUGGGAAUGACAGUAUUGACCAUCAUGAAGAAUAUGAAGAUUCUGAGAUGGAAGAGGAGGAAGAAGACAUGGAGGAGGACAUUCACUUGGAGAUGGAGGACAAUUCCUCCUCCCAUGCAGCCCAAAAAGAUGAAGGCAUUGACCCAGGUAAUUUGGCCACGUUGGACCGGCUGAAGGCCAACCAGCGGCAAGAUUACCUUAGGGGAUCCAUUUCUGGUAGUGUGCAGGCCACAGAUCGCCUCAUGAAGGAGCUCAGGGAUAUAUAUCGCUCAGAUAGCUUCAAAAAAGGAGUAUACAGUGUGGAGUUAGUAAAUGACAGUCUUUAUGAAUGGAAUGUCAAACUUCUGAUAGUGGACUCCGAUUCACCACUCCACAAUGACCUGGUGCUGCUCAAGGAGAAGGAGGGAACAGACCACAUACUAUUCAACUUCCAUUUUAAGGAGAUGUACCCCUUUGAGCCUCCAUUUGUGCGGGUUGUUCAUCCGGUGAUUAGUGGGGGCUACGUGCUGGUUGGUGGUGCCAUUUGUAUGGAGCUUCUCACCAAGCAGGGAUGGAGUUCUGCGUACACAAUUGAGGCCGUUAUCAUGCAAAUAGCCGCAACAUUGGUUAAGGGUAAAGCAAGAAUCCAAUUUGGGGCAAAUAAAGCUGGCAAAGUUAGCGUAAGUAUCCCAGGGCAGUACAGUUUGGCGAGGGCACAACAGUCAUUCAAGUCACUUGUACAGAUUCAUGAAAAGAAUG